CUCUUUGAAUGACGUACAGUAACAACCACUGGUAUGGAAUGAGCUUCUUCAUUCAGGAAACACUUGCUGACUGUUGUGACGGGGAGUGCAUACAAAGAUGGAGCAGCAGGAGUGCUUCAAUGUUAUGUUAGCUACCGACUCAUACAAGGUUACACACUAUAAGCAGUACCCACCAAAUACUAGCAAAGUGUAUUCCUAUUUUGAGUGCCGUGAGAACAAGACUGUAGACUCCAAAAGGUACAAGGUGAAAUAUGACAAAACCGUUUUCUAUGGUUUGCAGUACAUUAUGAAAAAAUAUUUACAAGGCAGGGUGGUGACAAAAGAAAAAAUACAAGAGGCAAAAAAGGUCUACAGGGAACAUUUUCAACAUGAUGUUUUUAAUGAAAAAGGAUGGAAUUACAUUCUCGAGAAAUAUGAUGGGCAUCUUCCAAUUGAAAUAAAGGCUGUUUCUGAGGGAAGUGUUAUUCCCAGAGGAAAUGUGCUCUUCACAGUAGAAAGCACUGACCCUGAGUGUUACUGGCUUACCAACUGGGUUGAGACUAUUCUUGUGCAGUCGUGGUAUCCAAUUACAGUAGCUACAAACUCCAGAGAGCAGAAGAAAAUUUUAGCAAAAUAUUUGAAAGAGACAUCUGGCAAUUUGGAAGGAUUAGAUUACAAACUACAUGAUUUUGGCUACAGAGGAGUUUCAUCUCAAGAGACUGCAGGUAUAGGAGCGUCAGCUCAUUUGGUUAACUUUAAAGGAACGGAUACAGUAGCAGGAAUCACUUUAAUCAGUAAAUACUAUGGCACCAAAGAUGCUGUGGCAGGCUACUCUGUUCCAGCUGCAGAACACAGUACCAUAACGGCAUGGGGGAAAGAUCAUGAAAAGGAUGCUUUUGAACACAUUGUGAUUCAGUUUCCAUCUGUACCAGUAUCUGUAGUUAGUGACAGCUAUGAUAUUUACAAUGCAUGUGAAAAUUUUUGGGGUGAAGACUUGAAACAUUUGGUCGUAGCAAGAACUCCCAAUGCUCCUCUCAUCAUUAGACCAGAUUCAGGAGAUCCCCUGGAUACUGUUUUGAAGGUUUUACAGGGGAUGAAGAAACACAGGUGGAGUAUAGAAAACAUUUGCUUUGGUUCUGGAGGAGCAUUACUUCAGAAAUUAACACGAGAUUUUCUCAAGUGUGCCUUCAAGUGCAGCUAUGUCGUGACAAAUGGUCUUGGGGUAAAUGUCUUCAAAGAUCCAGUUGCAGAUCCAAACAAAAGAUCAAAAAAGGGUCGCCUGUCAUUACACACAACAUCAAGUGGAGGUUAUAUCACUCUCGAGGAAGGCAGGGGAGAUCUUGAAGAAUAUGGACUGGAUCUUCUUCACACUGUGUUCAGAAAUGGCAAGGUAAUGAAGACCUAUACAUUUGAUGAAGUGAGGGAGAAUGCUAAAUUAACCGAUGAUGAACUGGAGGAAUUUUUAUAAUUAGACUUCAUUCCAUGGUUUAUAUGUAAAGUAAUGUACAGUGACUUUAAAUAGUGAAUUUACAUGCACCAUUGCACCAUGUCCUGAAGGAAGUUUGGCAGCAUAUUUUAUCAAUCAUUUUACACAACAGAAAUGAAACCACCGCCACCAUGUUUAUUGUAGGUUUUAUGGUUUGUACUGCAUAAUCUAAUAUUCUCCACUUUAUUCCCUAUGCUGUUAGAUGAGUAUAUAUUUUAAUGAGUGUGGCAUUUCCUCUAAGAAUAUAUCUAUAACUAUGAUAUGUUGAGUAAUAAACUUUAUUUUUUCAAAUUGUUGGUGUUUUUCCUAUGUAAUAAUUAAAGUGCAUUGUACAUACUUUAUUUUUCACUGUUUACAUAAUAUGUUUUUAAUUUGUAUUCUACAGUUGAAUUUUUAAAUUCUAUAGUAAUGCACUGUAAACUAUGCUCUCUUAGUUUAGUUCGUAACAUUACAAAUAUCCUUAUGUUUGUAAAUCAAAUGCAAAACAGACAUUUUAACUGUAUUCAUUUUCAUAAUUACUGUCUUUUAUUGCAAGGUUCAUGUUAUCUUUGAUUUUUUUUUUUUUUGUGUACAUUAACAAAAUAUGCAAUAUUGAAUGCCUUUACAUCAAAGUCACCUAAAAUCAGACUUCUAAGAUUAUUAGCUUUUAAACAAUCAAAGACAUAGCUCAUGUGUCCAUCAUUACUGGGUCAGUAAGCACAUCAAAGUCUGUAUCCCCGAGUUCUGCAGCUUAAGUUUUUUUUUUUUUAUAAUGCAAACCAGCAGCAAUACUAGAAUUAAAUUGGAUUAUCUUAUGCAUUUGUUGCAGAAGCCAGAAAUGUAAUUUCUACUUUCCUGUCUGUUGGAGAGGAUACAUUUCUUAGGUGGUUGCCAGUUUUGCUGCAUUUAAUUCUGCCACUUUGUAUUCACUGCAGUACCUUUUGGUACAUCUCACUGCUGUGUGUUAUUUACAUUCAUACUUAAUAUGAAUGUGUAAGUUUCACUUACAGAACAAGAGACUUGCUUGUAAUUUAAAUGCAUGCAGCAGAUCUCAUCUUUGUAAAUAGCAUGCAUUUAUAGGGCUGAGUUACAGCCCCAUGAGUGCAUUUAUGUCUGUUCUGAUAAAUGCUGUGCAAGUACAUAGAACUGAUGCUGUAGUGUAAAUACUGUGAAUUAAGCAUAUGGUUCUCAAAUAUAUCCAAAAGGAACUAAUCUGUAAUAUUCUCUGCAUAUUGAAUGAUGUAGUGUGAUAAUUAUAUACACGUCUACAUUUGAGUUUAAAGCAGCUGUGCAAAAACAGAUUAAUAAUAAUUAGUUACUUGAGAGCCCAAACAGUUUAUAUGUUUAUUAGAUGAUGGUUUUCUAAUCUAGUAAUAUUUAUAAUUUUAGGAACUUUUAAGAGUUUAGUUUUUCCUAAAAUGUAAGGGAGAAAGUCAAUUGAAACAUUAUUGCAGCCCCAGCAAGGGUAAGCUUUUGAUUAAGACUUAUUUUAGAAAUAGGACAAGUAUAUUUAACUACUACUUAUUUUUUAACCUUGUCAUUUUAGGAACCUGAUUUUGGGAUUGUGUUUUUGCUGCAUUGAAACAUUAAUUGUAAAUAAAAAUUUGUAUAGCUUUUAAAUUUCCUCAUUGGAUCUUGUGUUAGUUUUAGCAUUGCAUUUAGUUCAGACAGAUCCAUUGCCUGAUUAUAGUAAAUCUGAAAAAUGACAGCAGAUGCCCUUUUAACAUUAAGAACUUUUAGAAGUGCUCUUAAAUAUCACAAGCAAGCCCUGCAUUGAUACAAAUUAGGAUUAGCACUUAACAUCUUUUAGUGUCUCAGAAAAGAGACCUAAAUCUUUUAAAGUCUGAGGGAUUUCAUAAUCUGAUUAUCUUUUUAAGAUUCUCUUAAUUAUUAAAUUAUAUGCUGUUGCAAAGAGCUCAAUGCCUUAAAAUGCUUACUGGCAAAACGUUUAAGGGGAUUUGUAUAUUUGCAGUAUAUCUAUAAUAAAGUAUAUAUUGUGGAGGUAUGGCAGUUUAACAUAUAUAAACUACUGUUUUCUACAACCGUUGUGUAAUGUGUCUUGUCCUGGUUUUAGAACUUAGUUUAUUAUUCACUUUAUUGUCAAAAGUGGAACUUUUCUGUCUUUAAGGGUCCUUCAUAAAUGCAUUAGCUGACUGAUGUAGUUGAUGCUUUACAAAAUAAAUGUCAGUUGUUUCUUUUUA